UCUUCUACUCUGUUUCACUUCUACCGCUAUCUUCUCUUCUCCACCAUAAAAAAUGCAGUACAAAAAUCUGGGCAGAUCAGGUUUGAAGGUGAGUCAACUAUCAUACGGAGCAUGGGUGAGUUUCGGAAACCAACUCGAUGUUAAAGAAGUGAAGUCACUUCUCCAGUGCUGUAAAGACAACGGGGUCAACUUUUUCGAUAACGCCGAGGUUUACGCCAAUGGCCGAGCCGAGGAGAUCAUGGGUCAGGCUAUUCGGGAACUUGGGUGGAAACGAUCGGAUCUGGUGGUUUCCACCAAGAUCUUCUGGGGUGGUCCAGGGCCUAAUGAUAAGGGUUUGUCUAGGAAACAUAUUGCUGAAGGAACUAAGGCCUCCUUGAAGAGGCUUGAUAUGGAUUACGUUGAUGUGAUCUAUUGUCAUAGGCCAGACACCUAUACUCCAAUUGAGGAGACAGUGAGAGCUAUGAAUUAUGUGAUCGAUAAGGGUUGGGCAUUUUAUUGGGGGACAAGUGAGUGGUCUGCACAACAGAUUACGGAAGCAUGGGGAGUAGCUGAGAGGUUGGACUUGGUGGGCCCGAUUGUGGAGCAGCCGGAGUAUAAUUUAUUGACUAGGCACAAGGUUGAAUCCGAGUACCUUCCUCUGUACACCAACUAUGGCCUAGGUCUUACCACCUGGAGUCCUCUUUCAUCAGGAGUGCUUACUGGAAAAUACAGCAAAGGAACAGUACCUCCUGACAGUCGGUUUGCUUUAGAAAAUUUCAAAAAUCUUGCUAACCGAUCACUAGUUGAUGAUGUCUUGAAGAAAGUCAAUGGACUGAAGCCAAUUGCUGAUGAACUUGGUGUGCCUUUAGCUCAACUCGCAAUUGCAUGGUGUGCUGCAAAUCCUAAUGUAUCAUCGGUUAUUACUGGUGCUACAAAGGAAUCUCAGAUUCAAGAGAACAUGAAAGCACUUGAUGUGAUCCCAUUACUAACUCCUGCUGUCAUGGAGAAGAUCGAGACGGUUGUUCAAAGCAAGCCGAAGCGUCCGGAUUCGUACAGGUAGAUGCCAGAUGCCUAUUGCUUGAUUAGCACGUCAUUGCUUUAGCAGUCUUUUUAGAGCUUAUGAUUAUGCCUCACGUGUCGUAUCAAAUUUGUGUACUUGGAUUGGUGAGAUGGUGUACUUUUAAGAUUGGAACUUUGGUUGUGUUCCUUAUUACAAUGGUCCGAGGUCUUACAGAUGAAAUGAAUUUGGAAAUGGUGUGCUAGUGAUGAUGGAUUGUGAAUGGUUUACAAUUGAACUCCAUUCUAUUUUAUUUUAUAAUUUCUGUUUUGAUUUGAA